AUGAAAUAUCGGUCUAGCUUUAUCAUUUGCUUUCUUUGGCAAACUUUGGUUUGGACCACCACGGCACUGGUGAAUCAUCACCAAGUAGGCAGUCAAUCCAUUUUCCAUCCACAAGGACGAGCAGGAGACUCUGCGAUUCACGCCAAGAUCAUCGUUCCAGCCAAUGAGGAUGAGAGAAUAAUAUCAGCGCCAACGUCAAGAAGAGAAGUUCUUCAAGGUGCAGUUACUGCAGCAUUGCUAUCUACUCCAAUUGCCCUUUCACCAGGGCCAGCGAUAGCGGCUGCGGAACAACGAUGCGAUCCUGAAGAUGUUCGGUGCCAACAAGAUGGUACACUAGCAGGUGAAGCUCCGACAGGUCAGCCCAUCCCGAAGGUCACCAACAAGAUUACUCAUGUGGUUCAAAUGAUAAUUGACGUUGGGGAACGAAGAGAAGAAGCUGGCUUUAUUCGAUUUGGAUUGUAUGGAGAGGAUUGUCCACAGUCCACCAAGCAAAUGCUUCUCUUUUUGACGCGAGGCAUUAGCAGCAUGGACGAGGAAACGCUUCGGAACUCCAUUGGUUUGGAGUAUGGUCCAGUCAGUUUGACCGAGAGUGGAUCUGUACCAACGAUUUAUUCCGGCAAGGCAGUCGACUUUGGAGUUUCAUCCCAAGCCAAGGCAUAUGCCAAGAGCCGUGGUGUCCGAACGGCAGGGGCAAACUUUGUACCACAAGAUCGACCAGCAGCCAUUAGUGAGGGUUCUACACGCCCUCACAAUGUUGCAGGUCUGAUUUCGAUUCCGUACAAAGGCAUUGGUUACGGCGGAAUAAGCAGCGGUGUCUCGCCGAUUGAUGAAGCCUACGAAAGUGCCUUCACCAUCACUGCGGAUGCCACUCCUGCCUUUGACGGCAAACGACGAGUGAUUGGUCAAGUCAUUGACGAUCCCAGUAUGCAAUUUUUAUCCAGAUUGGCAUCUCUUCCCGUUCAAAAGGGCAAGGGGAGUGGAUUAUUGCCAGGUACUCUAGCGGGACCACCUCUGUUGAAGGUACGUGUACGGGAAAUUGGAGUCCAAAAGGUUGGGAAACAAGAUAAGAAGGACAGUGGCAAGAAGAAAAAGAAAUAG